AUGAUGCUUGAGGAAGGUUGCAAGGAUGAACCUGCAUUUCUUAAUGGGUGGUUCACAGAUGCGACCAAAGCAUCGUUCAAAGCCAUGAAGACGGAGGUUGAAUCUACAAGUGGAAGGGUGCAGAAGGCCAAGGUCCGAGACCAAUGGCUAGCAAAUGCACUUACCAACUGUGGUAAUCAACCCAUGCUGGUUGUGGACAACUGCUCUGUAGAUGCUUGGAUGGCAUUCCUGCAAACGUUCAGGACAAGCAAGGGAAAACUCCUUGGGAAGACAUCCCUUGGUGUUAAGUGCUCCGCGCUGUACCAUCUAUUUAGGUGUCAUGACGCAAUGGGAAUGCCUGGUCAGUUCAAGCAAGAGUUAUCUGUGAAGAAAAAAGGCCUUUACAGGCUCAUUGCAAAUGCGGCCCAAAAUGAAGGUGGACAUGAUAGCGACGGAAAGCUGCCUAUGUCGUACGAGCUAUAUGUGAAAUGCUGCCAGUGGCUAUUGGAGAAGGGAGAUGAUAGGAGUAUCUUUUGCCACUGUUUUUUGGUUCUUACAUGGAACUUAAUGUGCAGGGCCAACAACACAGUGACAAUUUUGUUCGAACAUAUGCAAUGGCAGGCUGACCACUUGGAGCUGUUAUUCUGUCAGCAAAAAAAUGAUACCACCGGAGAAAAGCAGCGUUUCCCAAGACGGCUAUAUGCAAAUCCGCAGCAGCCAGAAGUGUGCCCAAUAUUUGCCCUUGCACUGUACUUAGGCCUUAGGGACGGGCGCUCGGAGAUGAAUGGGAAACUGUUUCAAGGGAAUUCUCAGUACAAACAUUUCAUGGAUGGGCUAUCUAAUGUCCUAAAAGAACACGAAUCCGAACUGCUGUACAUGGGAUACGUGAGCUACACAGAGAUUGGCUCUCACAGCAUUAGAAAGGGAGCCACAAAGUGGCUUAGUGGGCAGCCUGGUGGUCCAUCCUCGAUCUCAAUCUGUAUCCGAGGAGGAUGGUCGUUGGGUGGUGUCAAGGACGUCUACAUGACAUACGAGGCAGAAGGAGACGCGUUUGUUGGUCGAAUGCUUUCUCUUCUGCCACUACUGAAAAGCGAAUUUGCUGUCAGUGCACCUGAGUUCACGGACUUAUCUACUGAAGAACUGGACCGGCACAUAACAAGAGUGUUCCCAGGCUUGGCAGAACACAACCAAAUGAAGCCAAUUUUGCAUCUGGUGGAACGUCUCAAGCAGAAGGCCAGAGUCAUAUAUCCUUGGGAGGACAAUGCAGCAGACGUUCGGUCUCUAUCUGGCAUCCCACCACAUGUUUGUCAGACGGUUUACAUUGAGCGCCUUGUUAAAUUUGCAGAAGAUUUCAAAUCAGGAUGGCAGCAAAAGUUAAAGGACACAAUGAAUGACCUUUUCAACGACAGGAACGUUGCAAAUGCAAGCAUAAACGGUUCAACUUGGUACCUACCAGAAGAGUACGAAUGGCCACAAGGAACAGCUCAGAGUCUUUGGAAUGCUUGGAGCACAGAAGAUACAGUGAACAAGAUUCCACCACUGAAAUUUCUCAAAGGUGCUGACUUUGGAUUUAUGGCAGGGAAAGUAAAGCGGACGCCUCGACGGAAAUUCAAUGAUAUUAAGACCCUAUGUAAAUAUAUUGAAACGCAGGCAGCAAACAAGGGACUUGAGACUGCAAACUUGACAAUCGAGGAAGCUGAUGAUAUUUUCCUUAAAAUUGCAACAGAAGAAAAUUGUUUGAAGCUUCCUGAUGGAAAGCGAUCGGUCCGAUGGGCCACGACACUAAAAAAAGUACGGGAAUCCAGAAAGCUGGCACGACAACCACAAGAAACAAAUGAAGCAAAUCCAACAGAGCCAUCGGUGAACCAAGAUGAAGAAAUUGAAGAAAAUGAAGAAGCUAGAAGAAAUCCUGAGACAACAAGAAAUUCGGAGAUGACAACAACACCCACUGUUGUUACUGCAGAGACAAGGCAGAUAAGAAGAAAGGUUUAUCGGAGGAGGAACCGACCUGCCGCUGCAAGCAGAGAAGAGGAAAAAUCCAAAAGAACAAGCCACAGAAAUGGGAAUUCUAGGACAAUAAGUACCCGCGACUGUAACCAGAAAACAUCAAGAACUCGUUCAAAUGAUAGACACAACAAUCCAGCAAGAAAACGGCGACGAACAAGAAAUGCAACAAUAUACAAUACACCAAAUGACGAUGACAGUGAAGCUUUUGCAGCAGCAUUUGCAAGUAUUGAAGGUCCAACGUCAGUGGACGCUGUCAACCGUCAAAGAGAUCGCGAAGAAGGCAAGGAUGGCGAGGAAGGGCUCAAUGCAGUGAUGCGAAGAGAGGCGGCUCAAGUGAGGGCGGCUAGAGGCGAGCCUCAAGAAGAGCAACCAGUUGCCCUUACAGAUGGCACAGCACUUCAUCUCAAUCUUUCUGCAAAUGGCUUCCCAAUUGGCCCCUGUGGUAUUCGUGGGGGUUGCGACCAUCCACAUCAAGAAUUGCGACCAAUUCAUAGGUGUGUUCAUUGUCAAACAAUUGUUCACCUGCUUUGUGCUGGCGAGCCAACGGAUCAAGAACAAGUUACUUGUGGUUGUAGAGAUGAUUAUAAAUAA